GAAUUUUUAAAAAAUUAUUGUGAAUGUGUUGGUGAAUUUGCUCUUAGUCUUGGCAGUCUCUUUAUUUACAUCUUCAAUAUUUUAAUUUUUGAGCAGAUUUCUUAGUGAUUAACGUAAAAUAAAACUUUAAAUUAUCUACCUCAAAUAUUUGAAAAUUUAUCAUGUUUUUGAAACAAAUUUGUUUACUAUCAGCACUGGUUGCAUUAGCUUAUGGAAAUGACGGCACAUGCUUUGCUGCUCCAAAAGACGUCUACCCAACUGAUAAGACUGCAGGAACUGAACAUCACCUUCAAUACACCAAAGCCAUCAUCUCAUUUCCAGCACCAGAAUUUUCAGCAACAGCUGUUCUCCCAAAUGGAGAAUUUAAGACAGUUUCAUUGAGUGAUUACAAAGGAAAAUAUGUCGUCUUCUUCUUUUACCCUCUCGACUUUACCUUUGUUUGUCCAACUGAAAUUUUAGCAUUUUCAGACAGAAUUGAAGAUUUUAGAAAAAUCAAUGUUGAGGUCAUUGCUGCUUCAGUUGAUUCACAUUUUACUCAUUUGGCUUGGACAAAGACUCCUAGAAAUCAAGGAGGACUUGGUGAAAUUAACAUUCCACUCGUAAGCGAUUUGAGUCAUACAAUCUCAAAGGAUUAUGGCGUUUACUUAGAAGGGCUUGGCCAUACUUUAAGAGGACUUUUUAUUAUUGAUGCUAAGGGAAUUUUAAGACAAAUUACAAUGAAUGACUUGCCAGUAGGCAGAAGUGUCGAUGAAACAUUACGUCUUGUCCAAGCGUUCCAAUAUACUGAUACUCAUGGAGAAGUGUGCCCUGCUAAUUGGAAGAAAGGUGCUCGUACUAUCAUUCCUGAUCCAGAACAGAAACUAAAGUAUUUCCAGCAUGAUGGUGAAUUGUAAAUAAUUCUAAAAAGCAUUUCAAA